GACCACAUGCAUGGUUUAAGUUUCACUCAGUUCAAACGCAGCAAGGUGGAUUGUCCGGUUUAGCAAAAGCUCUGGCUCAGAUUAUUUCCAUGAAAGGCGGCUCAGUGCGUCUAGCAUUAUUAGGAGAAUCAGACGUGUAAUAUUUAUGUCAAAAUACACUCAGGUCUAGUUGCUUUUUUACUGAUACAGCUCUGACAAGGCUGCUGUCCUUCUCCGUCUGAUAAGCGUGUUCCAAAACCCGUUCAACUAUCUGAAGGACAUUUUAUUCUUGAUUGAAAGUGUUUCAUUGGCUUUAUAACUUUCAUUGUCAGCUUUUGCUCUAGAAAACGCUGGGUAAUCUUGUUCGUCCUGCCUCUUUAGUUCACUGCACAAGCCUUUUUUUUCAGUAACAGCCUGGAUUUUCUCAGGCAGAUCACAGGAAACACCACCAUAACCUGAACUGGACACUCACAAGCACCAUGUUGCAGACAAUCGGUGAGUGGUUGUUUUGGGAACGUCUGUGGCUGCCUGCAAACGUCUCCUGGUCAGAUCUAGAGGACAAGGGAGAUCAUAUUUAUCCUAAAGCAUCCCAUCUUUACGCUGCCCUGCCCUUUGCCCUCUGCCUACUUGUUGUCAGAUGCCUGUUUGAAAGAUACUUGGCCACACCACUGGCUAAUGCCUGGGGGAUCAAGGACAAGAUACGACUCACAGCCGAACAAAACCCGGUCUUGGAAAAGUUCUUCUGCAGUCAAACGCGAAGUCCAUCACAGGCUGAUGUCACAUCUCUGUGUAAGAAGACCAGUUGGCCACAGAGGAGAGUUGAAGUGUGGUUCAGGAGGAGGAGGAAUCAGUAUCGGCCCGGUCUUCGGAAGAGGUUCUGUGAGGCCAGCUGGAGAUGUGUAUUUUAUCAUUUUGCAUUUCUUGGAGGAAUCCUGGCCCUUUAUGAUAAACCCUGGUUUUAUAACCUGAGAGAAGUUUGGGAAGGAUUUCCACAACAGUCUAUGCUGCCAUCACAGUACUGGUAUUACUUCCUGGAAAUGGGCUUCUACCUUUCUCUGCUUCUCAGUCUCGCUUUUGACGUGAAACGUAAAGAUUUUCAAGAGCAGGUGAUUCAUCAUGUAGCGACGCUGACUUUACUGAGCUUCUCCUGGGUCUCAAACUAUAUUCGUGUUGGAACCCUUGUGAUGAUGCUUCAUGACUCCUCUGACAUCCUGCUUGAGGGUGCAAAGGUGUUUAACUAUGCAAAGUGGCACCAGACUGCCAAUACCAUGUUUGUGGUAUUUACAGCUCUUUUUAUGGUCACAAGACUUGUUAUUUUUCCAUUCUGGAUCAUCCACUGUACAUGGGUGUACCCAAUGGAGAAGUGCUCCCCUUUCUUUGGCUACUACUUCUUCAACAUGCUGUUGUUAGUUCUGCAGAUUCUCCAUGUCUAUUGGUCUUUUCUAAUACUGCGGAUGUUUUAUAGGCUUGUAUUCACCAAGCUGGAAGGUGAUCUCCGGAGUGAUGAAGAGGAGGAAGACAACGAUCCACCAGCAGAAGAAAAUCACAAACUGGGUCACAUAAAUGGCUGUGGGGCCAGAGACCGGGGCAGUGGUCACUGAUACAUAAAGACAAAUGUCCAUUUCAUAAUUGGGAUGCAGCAGUUAAAUCUAAGGGUGAAUAAAAAAAAGUUGACAAAUUAUAUAUAUAUAUAUAUAUAUAUAUAUAUAUAUAUAUAUAUAUAUAUAUAUAUUAGGGCCGAGACUCGAUAAACAAUUUUAAUCGAAUUAAUUAGAGGCUUUGUAAUUAAUUAAUCUAAAUUAAUCACAUUUUAGUCGUUCAGAAAAAUGUGCCCUCAAAGCAAAAAUUUUAAUUAAAAUUAUGAGACAGAGAAUCAAACAUUAGACAUGGUUAUUACUGUAAACUAAAGCUUUUAAAUUAAAAAAUGCAUUUUAAUUAUUCAAAUGUCACUGUGUGAUGUGAAACAAGACCCAAAUCAAAUAAAAUCAGGGUAGUGAGGAUACGGAGCAUUUUCCCAGCUGCAGCCAGGUGCCUCUCGUUUGUCUGACUACUUUCAUAAACUACUGUUAGGGCAAAGAAUUAUUCUUUCAGGUGCUUUCAAAUUUAUAGUUAAAAUUAUAGCUCACCGCUACUUUUGUAAAGUAUCCGGUGCCACCGGGCAGCUGCAGCAGAGAUGAUCUCUGAAAAAUGUCCGCGACAAGGACUCCGUUGUUGUCUGGAAGUUUAUUUUUUCAUAGUUAAGAAAAGAGGCGGAAUUGUUUCCUAUAUCCUGCAUCAGUCCAAGCAAGGCAACUUCUUUCUGUUUUUAUUCUGUUUUAGUAGCCAUUAGCGCUGUGCAUUGUUGUGUGUGCCAGUGAUAUUGGGUCUACGAGGAAAUCGUGCAAUGACAAAGGUUCCACCUUGCUCGAAAUGCAAGCUGUGAUUAAAUGCAUGAACUUUUUUAACGCGUCAUUUUUUUCUAACUAAUUAAUCAAUUAACGCGUUAAAGUCACUGUCCUAAUAUAUAUAUAUAUAUAUAUAUAUAUA